AUGCAGAUCCGAACUCCGGGCCUAAUCGCCCGUCGUCCCGGCUCAAUUUCACACUUGUUAACUUCUUCUCGACCGGAGGAUGCUUUAGUUCGACCGGAUAGGGUCAAGAGGGAAAGUUCCUUUACGGGCAUGAUUCCGCUCCAGCUCACUAGGCCAGGUCAACUCAGCAGUGACUGCAAAAGAACAUUCCAGAGUUCAUCCCUGCCUCGGAUUGGCCCUCAGGAAGCCCUGAUCUCAACUCACUAG